AUGGCGAAAUUACAGCAGCUUCCUUGUGAAUUGAUUACUCAUAUCUUAUCUUAUAUCAGGGUACCUACCGAUUUGAUCGAUGUCGCAUUGACUUGUAGAUGGUUAUAUCCUGUCGCAACUCCACUGUUUUAUGAAAAACUCAUUAUCGCCAUCCGGAUCGGUUUGCCUCCGAUUGUCUGGGACGCCGAUUCGAUUUUUGGAAAAUUAAAGCCUCAAUGGAUUCAAUACGUCCGACAGAUCGGAAUUAUUUAUUACUACCAAGACUGCGAAGAUUGCCUCGCACCAUGGUACCUUCACAUCCCAGAUAUCAAUCUCGAUACUGGCUGGGCAGUCGAUGGAACGGAAGGGAUGGAGUUGAAACAGGUCGGACAAGCUUUAUUCAAUAACCAACUUGUCGAAAAGUUGAUCACGCGGAUUCCACCGGGUCAAUUGAAGGCGUUUAACUUUGAUACUAGGAAUACGAUGGAUUUGUAUUCUGUGGAUAUAAGUAUUGUUACUGUUCGGGCGUUAUAUCAGUAUCAGAAUACGAUAUCACAGUUGAAGAUUACAUUGAGGGAAGAUCUUGCGAAUGACUGUACUGUCUAUGAUUUCCCUUGUCUGAAAUAUUUCAAGUUCGAGGUUAAGGAUCGAAGUUCGGCAAGACAGUAUCAUUGUAUCUACGCCCUUUUGAGUAGUUGUCGAAAUACCCUGGAGGAGUUUCAUUGUCAUACGGAUAUGUUUGAUAAUCCGUUUGUUGAGCUUUCGUUAUCGACGGCGUUUGAAGAUGCUUAUAAUGACUGGAAGAACUGUGGGGAAUGUAGCCAGCAGCAGUUAUUGAGAGGUGGAGAGAAGGAAUUCGAACUACCCCGGUUGAAAGUUUGGAAUUGCAAGGAGAUGGAUCAGGCGUUUUUUGAGUUUUGUUUUAAGAGUGGGAUUGUGCAGAAGUCUCCACUGCAGAACUUCUUGACGCAGGAUGCGGAGGGAAAUGCUUUGGGACUAUAUUCUAAAUACUCCAGGUUAAAUAUUAGUGAACUUUUCCCGUCAUUGGAGAAGUAUCCUAAUAACGGACUGGGUUUGCAGAAGUAUUUGGAGACGUUUGAAGGAUUGUCGAAGAUUAUUGUUUCUAGUUUCCACGGACGGGAAUUUGGAAUCGCUUGGACUGCGGGGUUGAAGCAUCAUGCGGAUUCGCUGAAACAGGUGCACGUGAAGCUCACGGGGAUGAGGUUCCCGGUAAAAGUAUUGGAAGAGUUAGGGAGGAACUGCAGGGGUCUAGAGGUGUUUGCUUCCGAGAUGGAAGAUGGACUGCCUGCAUGCAUAUUCAACAAAGAUGCAUUUCCAAACUUGAAGUACUUCCACGAUACGACUUACAUCGGAAGUCCAGAGUGGUUGGAUAUCCCUCUUCAUAGUGAGCAGUGUCUUAGUCUGGUCUACAGCGCUCUACGGAAUGAAAUCCGAGAAGGAGAUUUAUCCGAAACUUUAAAGAUCGUUUGCUUUGGGAUACGCACUGAGUUUUCAACCCAGAAGAUAGUACAGGGACAUGCUUUUAUGAUUCAACGCAGAGAUAUUGAUUUUGCAGAAGAUGGAGAUGGAGAUGAUUCUAAGAUCGAUUGGGAUGUAGCGGAUGGAAGUACUUUAUUUUAUAGGAAUUUGAGGAUGGGUGUUCGAGGGAUUGAGGCUCUGGAGUAUCCGGAGAUUAUGGAUCGUCUGGGUGGACAUACCGAUUUGUAUGGAUAA